GUCAACUCAUACCGCCUCGCGCAGCAGCGCGAGCGCGACGUAGCCGCGAUCAUCGCGAAGGCGUCCGCGGCGGCGGAGGCGGCGCUCGCCGCCGCCGCCGCCACGUCGCUGCCGACGGCCGAGAAGGACACGAAGGAGGAGGACGAGCGCAAGCGGCGCGAGGCGAAGGAGGCGCGGCGGAAGAAGCGGAAGCAGCUCGCGCAGGAGGACAAGGAGGCGAACAAGGAGGCGAACAAGGAGAAGCGGCUCCUCAAGCUCGUCGGCGCGGUCGUCGUGAAGUGCAUGUCGAAGCACCGCGACCAGUUCGCGCACGACCAGUUCAAGACGCACGCGAAGGAGCUGACGCACAUCAUCGUCGAGAAGGAGAAGAGGUCCGCGUCGUACCGCGAGGGCCGCCUCGACGCGCUCUCGGACGAGAAGGCGGGCAAGAUCAAGAAGUUCGCGAAGGAGUACAUCGCGAAGAUCCUCCGCAAGGCGGACAAGAAGCGGCGCGAGAGCGGCGGCGGCGGUGCGGGGCCCGCCUCCGCGUCCCCGUCGUCCCCGUCCAUGCUGUCCCCGUCCGUGUCCGGCGAGGGCGCGGACCUCGCGGCGGCCGUCGCGGACGUGAUGGACCUCGACGGGCCGGACGACGCGGACGAGAACAUGGAGAUGGACAUGGACGCGUCGCCGCUGGCCGACUCGGAGACGCCGCCGUCCGACGCGGGCGGCACGCCCGCGCAGACGCCGCCGGCGCUGGUGGGCGACCCGCGCCUGCGGCAUCGGAGGGAGGAGUGCGGGUGGGACCCGGACGGCGAGAAGAUGGCGGGGCGCGUGCGGCCCGUCGUCGUUAGUGCGGUGUCCGUGUCGUAGCACGAGCAGCGGGCUGGCGCGGGGUGCGGUUCCGUGUGUAUCCUUUGGGUCCGGGUCCGGGUCCGAGCAGAGACGGUUGUGCUGGCUGGUCUGUCUGUCUAGUGUGUCGCGUUGUCGAUGCUAGCGUUGCUCGUGUUUGUGCUAUGCUACGUUAGUGCCGUACGCAUCGAGGGUAAUUAAUACUGCAAGAAGUCAGCGUACAUUGUAUACUUAUUCGCGGUGUCCCCACUGGUAUCUGGCCGCACAUCAA